AUGUCUCCUCAAAAGACCAUCACCGUUUCCCUCCCCCAACUAGCCAAAAUGAUCGACCAUUCCUUCCUCCACCCAACCACGACCGACGCCGAUAUCCUCGCCGGUCUGAAAAUAUCCCGCGAGCGCCACGUCGCAACGGCCUGCAUGAAGCCAUACCUAGUCCCGCUGGCCAAGAAGGAACUAUCGGGAACUGAUGUUCUCGUCUGCGCUGUUAUUGGAUUCCCGCAUGGCAAUAGUACAACAGAGAUCAAGGUUGCUGAGACCAUUGCUGUGCAAAGGCUGGGUGCUACUGUUAGUCAUUUGAAACGUAUGCGGGAGAAUUCUGGGAAAGAUGUCCAGGUUAAGACUUCUGGCGGUGUUCGCACGCUGGAUGAUUUGCUUCAUGUUAUGGAUCUUGGAGUGACUCGCAUUGGGGCUACGGCGACGGUGGCUAUUCUGGAUGAGGCGAAGAGACAGGGGAUUGGGGAGAAGCCGGUUGAGGUGUCGUUUAAGUCGAUGAAAGAAGAGGGUCGGACUGGGGGUUACUAA